AUGGCUCUUCUAUCGAAUCACCACGAAUAUCCAAUUCCUACCGAGGUGAUAACGACCACGUAUCCAACUACGACCAGGACUUACGACACCUUGUACCCCUCGCCGUACACUUCGCCUAAUUAUGACAUCAAGGUUUCAUACGGGGAGAGUUAUGCGCAUAAAGGUGAGAUGACACCGCGGAAAGAAGCAGAGACGAUUGAUUAUGGGGAAGAGGUUGUCGUUGAAUAUUCGAGAACACCAGACUCGUACGAAAGAAACUCCUUUAGCGUUAUGACACCUGUAACGCCUCAAAGGUACGAGCCACAGCAUGUGAUAAAUCACACUGCUUCUCCAGGAACGAUGCUACACGAAGACAAUUCCGUGGAGUAUCACUCGCCAGUCUACUGCUACGAGACCCCACCUCAAGAACAGAAGUUCCAAAUUCUCCAGAGUGGAAAACCGAUGCAAAUGAUCGUCGAGCAACGAAGGAAUUGUUGGGAACCUGUUACAUCUGCACAAAAACAAGUGUCACCUACCAACAGUCCUCGAAGAGGAAGACGUCGCUCCAGAGACAUACCGCCAUCGCCAAGUGUACUAAAACGUCGACGCUUAGCCGCGAAUGCACGUGAAAGACGUCGAAUGAACGGUUUGAACGACGCUUUCGAUAAGCUACGUGAAGUUGUACCGAGUCUCGGGGCAGACCACAAGCUUAGUAAGUUCGAGACGCUGCAGAUGGCGCAGACGUACAUCGCGGCGUUAUGCGAUCUGCUUGAGAGACAUGAUGGGAAGUGGCAGUAA